UAUUAGUAUCAGUUUUCUCUCCAUAGCUGCAAAAUCAAAAUUCUUUAAAAAAAAAUUAUGCACGAUAUGAAUACAUAAUUUGAGUUCAAAAAAAACUUUUUGGAUUAAAAUUAGUGUUUUUUAAAUUUCAUGUACUUUUGAACAAAAUUGAAUGUGUGGCACAUUGUGGUGCAAAAUUAUUUUUUAAACCUGAAAAAGUUCUGGAGAGGAAAUAGUUCAAAAAUUUUUCCAUGCAAAAAUUUUCUUUUUCAGUGUUUAUUUCGAUGUUCAAAAUAAAUGAAAGUGGGACAGGAUUUUGAUUGAAACAAAAAGUUUUGCAAAAUGGAGUGCUCUUCUUGUAGGAACCAAAAAAUAAGCCCCAUAUCACCUCCGUUUGGUGGUUUUUUGUGUACUAAUGGUCAUAUGAACUGUGUAACAUGUGCAGAUGUAAGUCCUGGCGUUUGCCCCAUUUGUCAUGCACUUGAAAAGUUCGUGGAACUUAGAUUUACGACAGAAAACAUAACCACUGAACCGACUCCAGAUAUUGAUUUUGAAUAUAUACCGAAUGUAACAAAAGCACCAAUCGAAUUGUUAAAUAGGAAAAGAGCGCCCGAACUUCAAAUUGAUGUGAUACCAAUUAAAAAGUCAAAUUACACUAGUAAGGUUCCAAACUCAACAUCUAUGAUAAAAUCAAUUUCUGACUACGAUGUACGUAACAGAAAGCAGAACUUUGACUUCGGAGCGUUAAAUAAAUCCAAACUUAUUACAAGUAGUCCUCCAAAUAUCAGUAAACAACGCGAUGCAUUAAGAUCAAAACGCGAACAAGAAAGGCGUGCAAUUACUUAUCGCAAACCAAUUCUCCUAACACCAGCUUCUAGUGUUGUAACCGUUUGUCACAAGGAGGAUUACUUGAAUGUUAGCAGAGCACGUAUGGCUGCUAGAAGAGUUAAAGAGCAAAGGGGAAUUCAGUUUUUAAAGGAGCGGUGUGAGAAAAGGGGAAUACCUUACGAUUUUAAGCUAACUGCUGAAAAGAGAGAAAUAAAACCUCUUGGUUUGGAGACAAAGAAAACGGAAGAUCAAAGCAAAAAUGUUUUGAAUGCAGUUAAUCGUUCAUCGAGCUCGAAAAACUUAAUUCAAAAAGCUGGUAUUUUAAAUAAAAUUCUUGAGGAAAGCAACAAGAAACUCCAAGCAAAGGAUUUUGUAAAUGACAAUAAAAAACUUUCCGAAACAAGGCAUACUGGUGGAACUUCCGAAGAUUUAUCAUAUGAAAGGUAUGUCGCUGAGACAAUUGCAAGGUUUCCUCGUCUGAUUAAACCGAUUAUUCCUGGUAGCCAUCAAAGGAAAACUUCAGAAAAUCUCAAAAAAGCAAGAGACAUGGUAAACAAAAUGGUUGACAAAAUGAUAGCAAAAAAUAAAAGUAUUGAAACAGAUGAGAACUCUGAACCAAAAAGCGAAACUGAAGAAAUUUUAACAAUAUCAACUGAAGCAGCCGAAAUGGAGAAAAACAAAAAACAAGAUACAUCAUCUAUGAUAAUAAAGAAGCAAAGCAAAGAGAUUCAAAAAAAAUUGGAAUCGAUUAGUGAGUCAAUAAGAGAUUCAUUUGAUAAUCCAAUUGAAGUCACGAAGACAGAAUUAGAUAAAUCCAGUAAAAAUGAAACUGAAAAGAAAACUCACGAAAGCAAGGAUGUCGAAUAUCGUCCUGUUAGUGAAAAAGAUGAGAAUUUAAAUAUUUUUCAUGUUGAAAAUAAAAAUGCGUUAGACUUAACUACAAAAUAUGACCAGGAUGUAAUUAAUACAACUUUGAAUGAAACUAAAGACGAUUUAAGUACGAAUUCUAGUACAAAAACUGAAGAUGAUCUCAAAAAAGGAAAGAAAAAGAAGCCAAAGGAAAAGCAAUCCGAUUUAAGACAUGUUGGUGGUGGCGUGGAAUCAAGUUCUUCAACACAAGAUUUGAGCGAUGAUAAUACAGAAUCAUCAGCUACGACGGUUAUAGAUCGUAAUAAUCCCGAAGUACCAAAUGAACAAAAUUGUAGUAAAAAAUCGAAGGAAACCGAAGAAACUGAGAGUAAAAGUAAAAUACCAAAAAAAAGUCGUUCUACUUCUAAAGCAUCUAAAGUCAAUUCUAGUAAAGAAGUCAUAGAAAGUGAUACUGGUAAAACAAGGAAGACGAAGACUACUGAUAGUAAGUCGAGUAAAAUGCAAGGAGAACGAAAAGGUUUAAAUGCAGAUAAGUUGCAGGUAUCAAAGGCAGAGCAUACAAAAUCUACAACACAAAAACGAAAACCUAAAAUUAUCAAAGAAGAAGAUAAUUUGAAAUUAGGUUCUAAAGCGACGGGAAUUAAAAGUAAAGGCGUAAAGUCAAAAAAAGACGACAUAGUGGGCAAGAGAUCUGUAAUUAAAAAAUCCGAAGUUUAUGAAAAACUAAUGGGGGCAGUUCUUCGAAAAACAGGAAUUGAAACUAGCGAUGAGAAAAUAGAGUCCCCAGCCAAACCACGCAAAACCCGCGCCAAGGGAGGACAGAGCAAAGAUGUUGAUGGCAUUAAGAAAAAAGACAAAUCUCCAUCGAAGUUGAAUAGCUCAAAGAAAGGCUCGAUUCUCAAAAAGGCUGAUUCUGAAUCAGCUCCCACUGAUAAAAUCGGUAAUUAUGAGGAAGACUUUGAACAAAAUCUUGAAAAAGCGAAAAAAAAGGCAUAUAUUAGCAUUUUAAAACCUGAACCUGAUCCAAUUUCAAAACGGAAACGUGUAGCUAAAAAGGUCUCGUUUUUAAAUAAAGAUACUGUAUAUCAUUUGAAGGCUAAGACCAAGACCGUUCGCGUAUCAAAAGCUGCUAAAGUAACGGAGUUACCAAAGGUGAAAAGUAAAAUCAAACCUCUUGUCUCGAAGAAACAAUCGAAAACAUCAUUGAGACAUACAGGUGGAAGCACUGCAUCAGAUGAGUCAUCACUUUCGGAUACCACUGAAGAAAGUACAAAUAACAGAAAUCUUUACCAAUAUACAAUUUUAAAAGAGACAGAUGGUUCAAAGUGUAUACUUCAAGCCAUUAGAGAUCCAGCAACUACUGAACCAAGACGCUCUAAGUCUAAACAGGAAACAACAGAAGAUUCAAAAAAAUCUACACGCUUAAAGUCAAAAACCAAAACAAAAAAAGGAGACUCUGAUGAUAAACGUGGUACUUCUGUAAAGUCUAAAACCGAAGAAGAAGCUCCCAAUCGCAAAGUGAAGGGUUCGAAGUCUAAAACCGAAGAAGAAGCUCCCAAUCGCAAAGUGAAGAGUUCGAAGUUAAAAGCCAAAAAAACAAAAGACGAAUCCGAUACGCCAAAACCUAAGUCAAUUCAGAAGCGAAUAAAGCUGAAAUCAGAUGAACAACCUUCAGGCUCCACAACGUCUAAAACCGAAGAAGAAGCUUCCAAUCGCAAAGUGAAGGGUUCGAAGGUGAAAGCCAAAAAAACAAAAGACGAAUCUGAUACGCCAAAAACUAAGUCAAUUCAGAAGCGAAUAAAGCUGAAAUCAGAUGAACAACCUUCAGGCUCCACAACGUCUAAAACCGAAGAAGAAGCUUCCAAUCGCAAAGUGAAGGGUUCGAAGGUGAAAGCCAAAAAAACAAAAGACGAAUCCGAUACGCCAAAAACUAAGUCAAUUCAGAAGCGAAUAAAGCUGAAAUCAGAUGAGCAACCUUCAGGCUCCACAAUGGAAAAGGGCGAAAAGAAAGAAAAAUCUCCUGCUGUCAAACGUAAAUUGUCGAAGUUAAAAACUAAAACAGAAAUGACUGAAGAUAAUGAACCUCAAACGAAAAAACAGUCCUUGAAAAACAAAUCGGUUACUCAGAAGACAAGUAAAGCAGUAGAAAGCAAUAAAACCGAAAAGGAAAAAAAAGAACAAAGGCUGUAUAAGAAAAAGGAAUCCACUGCUAACACUGCUAAACCAACUAACAAGGAAUAACCUAACGUUUAAGAAUAUUUAAUUUAAGUUUAUUUGUUUAGAUUUUUUGUAGUUUUAUUAUUCGAUUAUAUUUUUAUAUUUAUCUACUUAACAUAUUAUUUAACACCAUGAAAUAUGUGAAUUUCAUGCUUCUGAUACACCGUCAUCAUAAAAAGUAAAUAUCCGAAUGAGUCCUGAUUAGUGGCAGCAUCACAUUGAUUGAACAUAUGCUGUAAAUCACGUCUUAUUGAUCUAUAGUGACUAUACUUAUAAAAUAUAGGUGAUAUUUUAUACAAUAAUUUACACAAACUUACAAUGCAAGCGGCUAUCUAUUCAGUACGAGCAGGAUGAAAUCAAAAUAUAUCUGACAGAUUCAAAAAUUGUUAAAAAUUCACAAAUCCCAAAUCACCAAAUCCACA